GCGAUGCCAUACUACAUCAUUCAUUAGAUUGUACGAGUUCUUGCUUACAACGCAGAAGUAACCAUGUUGCGUAAGAUCUUGAUUCUGACACUUAUUGCUGCUGUCACUAGUUUAAAAGUUGAGGAGGAGAUUUAUGAUGAUAGUGCUGAAGUGCUGAAAGAAACAGUGGAAACGCAUAAAUGUGGAGCUAAUGAAGUGUGGAUGAUUUGCGGCACAUGCGAGCAUAAAUGCGGUGAAAAAAGAACGCCUUGUCCUCGAAUUUGCAAACCACCGCAAUGCCAAUGCCCGCCGCACAAAGGCUUCCGAAGAAAUGCAAACGGCGAUUGUGUGCGAUGCAACUGACAUAUCAAUCCUCAUUCAAAUUGAAUAAGAAAACUGCUGGAAUAAUUUUUUUUCGAUAAUUCAGUAUCAUGAUAAUUGUUUUUAUAGUUAAAUAGUUUCGCUUCUGUGCAAAAUAAAGAUUAGAG